AUGAGUAAAAAAGAACUUGGACAAGAUGGAGAGCUUGCUGAUUAUGAUGGCCAAGAGUGCGGCCGCGUAACACCAUUCUCUUGCUAUGUUCGUGUUAUGACUUCUCGCCCUCCACAUUUAAUUCCACGCGAUGAAAGGAAGAAACUUAUCGAUAGCUGGAAAAAAUUAAAAGAUUCAUAUAAGAAAUAUUAUACAGAAAUGGCAAAUACGAAAUGCGGCGGAAAUUGGAUAGAAGAGGAUGUAAAUGAGUUAUUAGGAUUCAAAAAGCCAAACAGACAGCAAAAAGGAAAAACUUACGGUUAUCAACCAUCAUUUAUCCCUUCAGGAUAUUCCGGAAGUGAUGAACAAUUUUUCAGCUUAGAUGAUCUCAUACAAAGGAUCGAAUUAACACUCUUAAUGUGCGCUAAAAAGACUUCUUUAGAUAUGGAUAGAUGGGAUUUAGAAAUUACACCGAAGCAUGACGCUCUUUUCAAAUGA